UCGGGAAGUUGAGGCAGAAAACUUGCUGGCGCCUCGCGGCACAGGCUGCACAGGUUGGAGUCGGCCUGCCUCAUCUGUGGGGCCCUGAGGUGGAGCAUUGCUAGUUUUGUUCUGGUAAACACUAUGUCUGAAAGACAGGAAGAACAAAAACGUCAUCUACAACUCAUGAAGCGUGGGGCAGAUGGAAAUGAAGAAUAUAGUGGCACAUUUCAAGUAAGAAAGAAAGAAUCGAGUUAUUUCCAAGAUAACUGUGGCAAGAGGAACUCUUGUGAACAAAGUGAAUAUAAGCCCCAGCCUUUAUACUUUCAGGAGGAAGAUGACAGUGUGGAGAUGAGGGAUGUCCAGGAUGAACUCCAAGUUAGACACACUCCCUGUAAUGUCACACACAAGAGGAAAGUGAAAUGGCACUAUCAAAGCCAAAUUCAUAUCACUGUGUGGAAAAAUAAAAAAGCUCUGGAGAAUAAAGUGGGAGAGACCAUGCAAGACAGGACACUGAGAAACUGGUUCAAGGUCACAAUUCCAUGGGGGAGGAAGUAUGACAAGGAAUGGCUCAUGAAUUCAAUCCAGAAUCAUUGCAGUGUCCCCUUCACUCCAGUGGAUUUUCAUUACGUGAGAAACCGGGCUCGGUUCUUUAUUCAAGAUUCCAGCAUUGCUUCUGAAUUGAAAGAUGUCAGUUACAAGAUUUGUGAUGAGGAGAAUCAGAAGAUAUGUAUCUUUGUCAAUAAAUGUGCUGCACCAUUCUCUGUGCAGAAUAAAUUGGAGCCAGAAGAAAUGUAUCAGCUAGAGAUGACCAUGAACAAACGAUAUGAUGUCACCCAGCAAGCACUUGAUCUCCAGACACUCCGCUUUGACCCAGAUUUGGUGGGCCAUGAAAUUGACAUAAUCCUGAAUCGAAGGAACUGCAUGUCUGCUGCCCUGAAGAUCAUAGAAAAGAAUUUCCCUAAUCUAUUGUCCUUGAACUUGUGCAACAACAAGCUGUACCAGCUGGAUGGCCUGUGUGACAUUAUACCGAAGGCCCCCAUGAUCAAGAUCCUGAACCUCUCCAAUAAUGAGUUGAGUUCAACAUGGGAGGUGAGCAAGAUAAAAGGACUGAAGCUUGAAGAGCUGUGGCUAGAAGGGAACCCCUUGUGUGACACCUUUUCAGACCAGUUGACCUAUGUAAGUGUCAUCCGGAGUUAUUUCCCCAAGUUGCGAUGUCUCGAUGGCCAGAAUUUCACCUCACCUACUGCACUUGACAUCAGUUCCCCAGACUUAGUAAAGCCUUGCCAGAAAACCUGUAAAGAACCUGAGGAACUAAGGAAUUUAAUUCGUCAAUUCCUGAGGCAGUAUUACUCACUCUAUGACAAUGGAGAUCGACAGGGUCUUCUUGCUGCUUAUCAUGAGGAGUCCUGCUUCUCCUUGUCCGUUUCCUCCAACCCUGAGGACAUAGCUCUAAACAGCUUGUGUGACAUCUACAAGGAAAGCAGGAAUAUGAAGAUGAUUAAGGAUGACUACCUGCGUCUUCAGCUGCUGAAGCACACAAAGCAUGAUGUUGUGCGCUCCCUCUGUGUGUUGCCCAAAACUCAGCAUGAUCUCAACUCUUUCGUGGUGGACUUGUUGAUUCAGACGGACACUAUGCUCUGCUUUUCUGUCCAUGGUGUGUUCAAGGAAGUGGAAGGAAGUUCUCAGGGUUCUCUUCGUGCCUUUGUCCGGACCUUCAUCACUACCCCUGGAUGCUGUUCCAAUCUGUGCAUCAUGAAUGAUGAACUAUUUGUGAGGGUUGCCACUGCCAGAGAAGCCCAGUGUUCACUCUCCCUUCAAACACCCACAUCUGUUUUCAACUUCAAGCCUACUCUCUCCCAGGAGCAACAGGAAAUGGUGCAGUCUUUCUCUACCCAGUCUGGAAUGAACUUCCAUUGGUCUCAGAAAUGUCUUCAGGACAAUGAAUGGAACUACAUCAAAGCUUGUGAGGUCUUUAUUAUGCUCAAGACUGAAGGCAGGAUCCCAAUGGAGGCCUUCCAGUAAUUCCUCUAACUGCAACCCUUGGAUAGCAUCUUUGUCUUCAUCUACAUCAUCUAUAUUUGUCUUUGCUGCAGCCCAAGGCCACAACUAUGAUGUGAGGUUGGAAGCCUAGUUAACCUACAAGCCAGAAUUGUUGCCUUAUAGACCCACCCAAAGGGUCAGUUCUCUGCAUUUUUCUGUAUUCAUGACUGCUGUUUAUUUUCACAUUAAAGAGUGAUGCUGAAUGCUUUA